AUGGCAUGCGCAGAGGGACCAUAGAAGACAUGGAUGGAAUUUAUUGCAUUUACUGCAUUUGUUGUAGUUGUUGCAUCAUAAAGACUGCCUAAUUAUUCAUAUAUGCAUAGACUAUAUAGUAUAUUGGGUAUAAGUGGAUAAGAAAAUGCUGAUGUUUACAUACAUAAAUUGGGGAUUUUGAUAAAUCAUCUGUGCCUAUGGAGUCUGCUGCAUUUGAGGGUACAUUUGAGGCUUGGCUUUGAGCAUUGCUAGAUAAUCUUAGUUAGGAAAACUCAUUUUUCUGAUAUUUAAAUAUAUCUCUAAGAAUAAAACACAGAUUUGAUAUUUAGAUUUACAAAAGAUAUUAUGCCAUUUCAAAGGGGCUUAUUUCAUUCUCAUACCAUUGAAUUUUGGUUUCUCAACUUGAAUAAAUGA